CGCCCGCGCGCCCGGCCUCGCUCCUGCCCGCCUGCCCGGCCGGCGGGGGGGUGGACCAGCCGCCCCGAUGCCCGAGCCCGGCCCCAGGAUGAACGGCUUCUCGCUGGGCGAGCUGUGCUGGCUCUUCUGCUGCCCGCCCUGCCCGAGCCGCAUCGCCGCCAAGCUGGCCUUCCUGCCGCCGGAGCCCACCUACACGGUGCUGGCGCCCGAGCAGCGCGGCCCGGUCCCGGCCGCCUCGGCCGCCCCGCUCCCGGCCGCCCCGGCCGCCCCGGCGCCCCCGAUCCCGGCCGCCCCGGCCCCCGCGGCCACCCCGGGGCCGGCGGCGGCGGAGGAGGGCGCGGGCGCGUGCUCCUUGCACCUGAGCGAGCGCGCCGACUGGCAGUACUCGCAGCGCGAGCUGGACGCCGUCGAGGUCUUCUUCUCGCGCACGGCCCGCGACAACCGGCUGGGCUGCAUGUUCGUGCGCUGCGCGCCCGCCGGCCGCUACACGCUGCUCUUCUCGCACGGCAACGCCGUGGACCUGGGCCAGAUGUGCAGCUUCUACCUCGGCCUGGGCUCGCGCAUCAACUGCAACAUCUUCUCCUACGACUACUCGGGCUACGGCGUCAGCUCGGGCCGGCCCUCGGAGCAGAACCUCUACGCCGACAUCGACGCCGCCUGGCAGGCGCUGCGCACCCGGUACGGCGUGAGCCCCGAGAACAUCGUCCUGUACGGGCAGAGCAUCGGCACCGUGCCCACCGUGGACCUGGCCUCCCGGCACGCGUGCGCCGCCGUCAUCCUGCACUCGCCGCUCAUGUCCGGCCUGCGCGUGGCCUUUCCCGACACCCGGAAGACGUACUGCUUCGACGUGUUCCCCAGCAUCGACAAGAUUUCCAAGGUCACCUCCCCGGUGCUGGUCAUUCACGGGACGGAGGACGAGGUCAUCGACUUCUCGCACGGCCUGGCCAUGUACGAGCGCUGCCCGCGGGCCGUGGAGCCCCUGUGGGUGGAGGGCGCCGGCCACAAUGACAUAGAGCUUUACGCACAAUACCUGGAAAGACUAAAACAGUUCAUCUCCCACGAACUCCCCAACUCCUGAGGGCGCCCCGGGUUCUUACCUCAGUGACAGCGAACUCCGGGCCCUCUGUUCCCGCACACGCUCUCCCCGGGUGGCGGCCACGGCCACGGCCACGGCCCGGACGCCAGCGUUCUCACUGUUCUCACCCGAGAGCCGGGAGGCCUCGGCCGCGUAGCUAGAGAAUUUCUGCUGAUUCACACCACCUCCGACUCGGACCUGCUGUGGGCUCCCAGCUCCGUGACCUUGUGGGGGGUCGGGAAGGAGGGCUGGGGGGCGGACGACGGGUUCUCGUGCUGUGUGAGGAUCCUCCCAGCUGCGUGGCUUCCUUACCCAUCACUUGGGGUUCAUUUGAGCAGGACCCCCCUCUCCACUCUCCCCCAUGUCCUCCACAUUCACGGGUGAAGCUGUGAUAGAGCAACUGAAACACUG